AUGGGGCUUACAGAUUUCUAUAAGAAGCUGUCUUCGGCUGAAGAAACGAACGAUAACAGUGAGACUGUUUCGUACAACUCGAGUAAUGACAAAGAAGCAGCAGUUGUGCAAUUAGAUCAAAACAAGAAGGAAAUAGGAUAUUUGUCAGCUACUUCGUUAUGUCUUAACAGAAUGUUGGGUGCCGGUGUUUUCUCUACAGGAUCUACAAUUUUCUCGUUGUCAGGGUCGGUUGGUACUUCAUUAAUUAUGUGGGCUGCUGGUUCUAUAAUUGCGUUCACUGGUUUAUACGUGUAUAUGGAGUUCGGGUCAGCAAUUCCUAGAAACGGGGGAGAAAAGAACUACCUUGAGUAUAUGUACAAGAAACCAAGAUUCUUAAUAACGGCGAUGUAUGCGUCGUAUGCUUUCUUCUUAGGUUGGGCAUCUGGUAAUUCUAUUGUGGUUGGUGAAUACCUUUUGAAUGCAGCGGAAGUUGAGGUGACACAGUGGAAUUCCAGAGCAAUCGGUAUUGGGGUGAUCACAUUUGCGUUUAUUGUCAACGGUAUUAAUGUUAAAUUUGGGUUAUUCUUGGGUAACAUAUUAGGUUUAUUCAAGAUUGUUAUUGUUUUGUUAAUCACUGUGACUGGUUGGGUUGCUCUUGGCGGAGGUAUCCAUACCAAUGGCUUCCAGGCCCCUGAUAACUUUUCCAAUGCCUUUGAGGGUGAAUCUCCAUCCGGAUUUGGGAUCGUGAAUGCGUUAUAUAACGUUAUCUGGUCAUAUGUUGGAUACUCGAAUAUCAACUAUGCUUUAGGUGAAGUGAAGAAUCCUGUUAAAGUGUUACGUAUUGCCGCUCCUACUGCAUUUAUUUCAUUGGCAAUUAUUUAUAUGUUUGUCAAUAUUGCAUACUUUGCAGUUGUGCCAAAGGAAGAAAUCGCUAAUUCGGGUAGAAUUUUGGCGGCUUCCUUCUUCAGAUACGCUUUUGGUAAGACUGCUGAAACGGCAUCAUCAGUAUUUGUUGCAUUAUCAGCCUUAGGUAAUGUGAUGUCAGUCAUUUUCUCACAAGGUAGAAUUAUUCAACAAUUGGGUAGAGAAGGUAGUUUGCCAUUUUCCAGAUUUUUUGCGACUCAAAAACCAUUCAAUACUCCAUUUGUUGGUUUAAUGCAACAUUGGAUAGUUUGUAUUGUGACGAUUGUUGCACCUCCUCCAGGAGAUGCCUAUAAUUUCAUCUUGAAUUUAAUCUCGUACCCAUUAAAUGUUGUUAACACUGCAGUCGCAUUCGGUUUAUUAUAUAUUUACUGGCAGAAGCGUAGAGGGUUAGUGGAAUGGGAUCCUCCAAUUAAAGCAUCAAUUCCAAUCAUUGUUUUUUUUGCAUUUUCUUCAUUAUACUUGAUUGUUGCACCAUAUAUUCCUCCUACUGAUGGACAAACAGUUUAUCAGGAUUUACCAUACUGGAUACACCCAGUUGUCACCUGGGGUGUUUUCGGUGUUGGGGCUGUAUACUGGUUGUUGUGGGCCAAGGUUUUGCCGCAUUUUGGUGGCUACAGAUUGGUUGCGAAGGAAGUACUUGGUGAAGACGGAUUCUGGAGGAAUAAGUUCUAUAAAAUUUCAAGAGACGAAACAAACGCUGUUGACGAGGACGGCGAUGAGAUCGCAGAAAGAAUCAUAUAA